CGGCAAAGAACGCAGCGCUCUCAGCCGUCGGCCAUGACGCCUUCCAGCAGCCAAACCCAAAGCCCAGACCGAACUUUCGGGCUCCUCCUCCCGAUCCUCCUCCACGGUGCCUCUCAACUUCUAUUCUCUGCAAAAACCCUGCGUUAUCCCGAAUUCAUGCUGCAACUUCUGCCCGUCUGAAAUGGCCCAGAGGUGAUCGACACGGCGCCGCAGAGAUGUCUCCCAAGCUGCCCAGUGGCCAAGGCAGAGGGGAUUACUCUGCAGUGCAAGUAGCCGUUCGAGUGCGGCCGCUGCUGCCUAAAGAGCUUCUGCACUGCCAUGAGAGCUGCAUCACCGCGGACCCCGAGCUGUGUCAGGUUACUCUGGGCCAUGACCGGCGCUUUCUGUGCGACUUCCUCUUUGAGGAAACCUGCUGUCAGGAGAAGGUUUAUUCUGUGUCCGUGCAGCCUCUCAUAGAUGCAUUCUUCCAAGGGUUCAAUGCUACAGUUUUUGCCUAUGGGCAAACAGGCUCAGGGAAAACCUACACCAUUGGAGAAGCCAAUAUCUGUUCCUUUAGAGACGAGGAGCAGGGUAUUAUCCCAAGGGCUGUCGCAGAUGUCUUCAAGCUGCUAGAUGAAAAUGACCUGACAGACUUCUCUGUUAGAGUUUCCUAUCUGGAGGUCUACAAAGAAGAAUUUAAGGACUUGCUGGAGGUGGAGACUGCGAGUAAAGACAUCCAUAUCCGCGAGGACAAAGGCAACAUUGUAUUAUGUGGCGUAAAGGAGUGCGAAGUGGAGGGUCUCGAUGAGGUCUUGAGCUUACUGGAGUCAGGAAACACAGCCAGGCACACUGGUGCAACCCAGAUGAAUCCGAACUCCAGCCGGUCCCACACCAUUUUUACCUUGUAUAUGGACCAACGGCGAGGGACUUCACGCCUUUAUGGGACUGCAACAAGUGCUGGACCACAAAUGUUGUCUUCCAAGUUCCACUUUGUUGACUUGGCUGGGUCGGAACGUAUCUUAAGGACGGGUAACACUGGGGAGAGACUGAAGGAGAGCAUCCAGAUUAACAGUGGACUACUGGCCCUGGGGAAUGUUAUUGGGGCCCUGGGUGACUCCAAAAGGAAAGGCUCCCAUAUACCAUACAGAGAUUCUAAGAUUACAAGGAUACUAAAGGAUUCUUUGGGGGGAAAUUCUAAAACACUGAUGAUUGCCUGCAUCAGCCCAUCAUCAUCUGACUUUGACGAAAGUCUGAAUACACUUAACUAUGCCACACGGGCCAGAAACAUUCAGAAUCGGGCGACGGUCAACUGCAAACGUGAGCCCGAUCGCGUUGAGGGGCUGGAGCAGCAAAUAAAAGCUCUGCGCAGAGCCCUCGAAAACCGGCAGCGUUCGGAAACUCGCAUUAUUGCUCACGCUGAUCCAAACAGGAGACCUCGACUCGGCGAAGGAGAGCUCAGCAGGCUGCAAGCCCAGAGUGCCCACUACAGGACAUGCACAGACACUGCUUACAGAUUGAUGCGGGAACUCCAGAGUGAAGGCGCUCUGACUGCAGAACAGAGUUUGAGAGUGAAAGAGUGGCUAUGCUCGGUGGAGGAGGAACGCAGCGGACUGACCACUGCCUCAGGACCAGACAGUGGCAUCGAGAACAUCUUCACUGAAGACAGCGUCAUACCGAGAAGGGGACGGCCUUCUGUAAAAGGCCAGGAUCCAGAAGCUGCAGAGGAGAGAUGGAGCCACGAGCAUGAAACUGAAAAAGAUGGAGAGAAAGAAGAUAGUAUUGCCCAAUUUCAAGCACAAAUCCAGAAAUUGGAGAAAGAAAACACAGACUUUUUGUCAGCCCUAGAGGAUGCUAUGGAGCAGUACAAGCAGCAGAGUGAUAAACUGCAGGAGCAACAGGAUCUGAUAGCAGAACUACAGUGUCAGCUGUCUACCCAAGGGCUGAUGGGGCUGAGCCUUAACCUGAGAUCACGGCCACAUACUGCUCCAAUGGGCUCCAUGCAGCACAGUCAGAAUGGAGCCACAUACAGACAGGUAAGCCCACUGGGCCACCUCAGCAAUGGGCCCCAUUGCGAUCAGGAUUGUAACCUCUAUGAGGAACAGGAGAUUCCAGGAGGAGCAGAAAUGGUGGACACAGAUGAAGACAGCAGUCCUUCCAACCUCGCUCGUGAGAGACGCAGGCAGGUAAAUUUGACCUGGACUAAAAGGGACAUGCUGCCAGGACGACCAGCAGCUGGUGGUAAAGGUCCAACGACUCAGCUUCAUGAGCCAGACCAGCACCCCUGUUUAGCCAGAAAAGCCUCUAACUCCAGUUCUACAGAGGCAUCUGUUUGGGAAAGUUUGAAGGGCUUUGAAGGCUUUUCAGAGUGUGAACUUCUUCAGGCACAGCAGAAGAUCAGGGAACUGUCCGUUACUAUUCGUAUAAAGGAGGAACUCAUCAAGGAACUGGUCAAAACAGGUAAGGACGCUCAGGCCCUGAACAGAGAGUACAGCCAUAAGAUCACAGCCCUGGAGAAUGAAGCUGUUCAGGCACGACAGGAGCUACAAGAGGCCCAACGGCAGCUGCAGGAUCUAGAGAGGCAAGAGAGAGAGAUAAGUUCAACAGACAAGACCAGAGCGCAAGAGUGUCGCAGGAAGAUAGCUGCUGCUCAGAGCAAAGUCCAGGUACUGAGUCAGCGCCAGAGGGACACAGCUCGUCUAGCUAACCUCCCUGCACAGAGUGAACGUCGUGUGUUAGAGCUGGAGCGAAGCGUCCAGUCGAUGAGGCAGCAGCAAGAGCAGUUACAACGGCGGCUUCGCCAGGAAAGUCAGCAGAAACGGCGUCUGGAGACGGAGAUGCAGCGAAGGACUCACAGAGUCAAGGAACUUGAAAUAAAGAAUGAGCAGCAGCAAAAGAUCCUGAGAAUAAAGACGGAGGAGAUCGCUGCCUUCCAGAGGCAGAGGCGCAGUGGCAGUAACGGCUCAGUCGUCUCAUUAGAGGAGCAACAGAAGAUUGAGGAACAGAAACGCUGGCUGGAUGAGGAAAUGGAGCGAGUACUGGAACAGAGGAGAGGACUGGAAGACCUGGAAGGAGAGCUGACUAAACGAGAGGAGAUCCUGGCUAAGAAAGAAGCCCUGCUGCAGGAGCGCAGCGGACUGGAGACCAAGAGACUCCGCUCCAGUCAGGCCCUGAGUAAAGACCUAGUGAUGCUUACUGGGCGUAUUGAGUCACUCGAGCAAGAACUCAGCGAGCGGAGCGGUCUCCUACGCAGCAGCAGCGCUCAAGACUCCCAACAGAUCCGCCAGGAGAUCUCCAACCUGCGUCAGGAGAAAGAUUCACUGCUCAAACAACGAGUUGAACUGGAUGAUAAGCUGCGGCAGGGAAACCUGCUUUCACCCGAGGAGGAACGAACACUUUUCCAGUUGGACGAGGCGAUCGAGGCUCUGGAUGCAGCCAUCGAGUACAAGAAUGAGGCCAUCACUCAAAGACAGAGACAGCUGAGGGCCUCUGCCAGCAUGCUGUCCCAGUGGGAGAUGAACCUCAUGGCCAAACUCAGUUACCUGUCUGCCUCCGAGACCAGAGCUCUGCUUUGCAAGUACUUUGACAAGGUGGUGUGUCUGCGUGAGGAGGAGCGUAAACUGCAGCGCGCCCUGGCUGAGCUGGAAAUGCAGCUGGAUGAGCAGCAGAGGCAGAUGCAGUGGCUGGAGAGCGCUCUCGACCGAACACAUCUCGACACAGAUCGUCGACUCACACAGCAGCAGAAGGAACAUGAACGAAGCGUUCAGCUCUUGCUGCAGCAGUGUCGAGAGCAAAUAGACGAGGGCCUGGCAGGAAGGCAGAGGCAAUAUGAGGGCUGGAUCCAUAAUCUCAGCAAAGAGCUCAACUACUACAAGACGGCAAAUCUGGAGCUCAGCAACAAACUGAGAGAGCUCUGUGGUUCAGUCAGCCAGAAGGAGCAUGCUAAAGGCUCAGGCAGCUUGGAGAAGCUGAGCCGCUGCCCCGAGGACGGCGCAGGAGGCCGGCUGUCGGUGCAGCCGGACAAACCUGCCAAGUCCAGGGAGGAGAUGCGCGAGCUGGUGAACACGCCCCUCCCGUCCACGUGGAGACGCUCCUCGCUGCCCACGGAGGAGCCCGCCGUCAUGGAGGAGCUGUGGCUCCGAGUGGCCGGAGACGCUCCCGUCAACCGCGUGGUUCAAACUGGAGCCGGGCCCUGCGGAGGGCCGACCUCCCUGCCGGCGGUCAAAUCCCGCAGAGAGUCGCGUCGCCCCAGCCUCAAUGUUGGACCACUGACUUCAAACUCUGCCUUAAUCGAUGUUCGGAGGAACCCUGUCUGAAAACGGGUCUAUCGUGACCAUUAACAUGGAUUUGUCCUGUGGAUUCUGAAAGAUUAUGUUUUAUUCAUUUUGUGUUUUGGUAUUUUUCUAGUGUAUAUGAUGUUUUGUAAAACAUGAACGCCCACUGAUUUUUAUACAAAGCACUUUGACAGAGUAAAGUUUAUGUUUCAGUAAUCGGUAGGUUUACGAAUCAAUCACGUAUUAUUACAAAGUAGGGUUCUCUUGCUCCCUCUUGACCUUCUACAGUAUUGUAUAUUAAAGUCUUUUUACCUUUACACUCA